AUGUUUUUCUUUGACUUGGGUGAUGAACUUUUGAAUUUCUUCGUUUUUCUUUUGGCUCUUGCAUUCUCUGUUCUUAUACUUGUUUCCGUUGUGGAAGUUUUACGAAGUGAUAAACCUUUCCCAAUAAAAUUCUUAUGGACUUUCUUCCUUUUUGCUUUUCCAUUUAUAACAGUGAUUGUUUAUUUAAAAUUGAGAUACACUGAACGCAGAGAAGGGGAAAAUAGAGAAGUACCUCAAUAUCAAGCAAUUCCUUAA